CUAUGAACUAGUGUUUAUGAACGAUCCUACCAUACGAUUUAUAUCACCAUGGAAAUAUAUUUGUGAAGCGGUGAUUUAAUGUUUACGUGUUAUGCAUGCAUACACCGAAUUUUGAUGAUUUUUUCGCUAUUCAUCACCUUUUUUUCGUUGUUUUUAUUGUUUGAAUCAGCAAUUUAACCGAGUAAAAAAAUGUCCGAACAAGAUAUACAAAGGGCUAGUCUAUUGGCUCGAGUCAAUUUUCCAAUCUAUUGUAUUAAAUCAAUUUCUGAACGUCAUAUUCUGAUCGGUGGUGGUGGAGGUAUGGCUAAAACUGGGAUAUCAAAUCCUUUUGAAAUUUAUGAAUUAACUUAUGAUCCUGUAACAAAUACGGCCAGAGCAACGUUGGCAACACAUUUUGAUGUUGGUGCAAAUGCAAUCAUGAAUAUGUGUGUGAUUCCAUCAUCGAAAUAUUUAUUUGAAUUGGCUUGCGGUGGAAUGCAAGGAAUGUGCCAUAUUUAUGAUGUAAAAUUUAGAUUCAAAAACGGUCUGACUACUAAUCAUCAUGAUGAUCAUUCAAAUGAUCAAAAUAAUUCUUCAAGCAAUUAUCUUCGUCGUAGACAUAUGAGCCUAAGUUCACAGAACUCUAUUGAAGAUAUUGAAGAGAAUAUCGAAGAAUAUCAUGGUCCGACGGUCGAAAUUAAGAAUAAACUUAAAACAGAUAGUGAUAUUCAUCAUAAUGAUAACCAAGACGGUGAUAAGAAAAAUUCCGUUCCAAAUACCAUUCCUGAUUAUAUUUUUGAUUUUGAUCUUAAAGAAAGUUUUCAAACAGAUUUUCAUUCGGAUGAACCUUAUCAAAAAUUGAUUAAAUAUUCAUUGAAUGCCAAUAUGGUUUUUAGUGCCGGAGCCGAUGGUCAUAUUGGAUUCUGGCAGCUUCCAAAUUAUAAACUUUUAACUAGACUCAAAGCUCAUGAAAAUGAAAUCGAUGAUAUAGAUAUUCAUCCAUCUGGUCGUCAUUUAGCUAGCGUAUCCAGAGAUGGCCGUAGUUUAAUCUGGAAUAUUAACAAUUACAAAUUGGUCACAUCAUUGGAACAUAGUCAAGUGAUACCAAAACCAACGAAUAAAGAAAAGCUUUCAAUAUUUACCAAUGCAAAAUAUUUACCUCGAUUAUGUCGUUACUCAAUAGUUGAAGGUGAUGAAAAUAAUGUACGCCUUUUUGUAGCGCUCAACAGUCGAGCCAAAUUAGAUUCAUACAUUUGUAAAUGGACCAUACAGAAAGAUCAAUAUUAUAUGCAAAAAAUUAUUUCAGCCGGUGAUGUUCCACUUUUUGCCAUGGCAAUCAGUGAUGAUGGUAGAUUUUUAGCUGUCGGAAAACAAACCGGUGACAUUGAUGUAUUCAUUGCAUUCAGUCUUCAACGAUGUUAUCAAUUCAGUCAAGCUCAUAACAUAUUUGUUACUGGUAUUGAAUUUCUUUCAACCACACAGGCAUCAUUAGAACUUGUUGGUGGUGAUGUUGAUGCAGCUUUAGUAUCUGUUUCGGUUGACAAUCGAAUUGUUUUGCAUAAAAUUCCCAAACGAGCCACUUUAGGAUUUUUUGGUUCAUUUUUAUUCUUUGUUUUGUUUAUUCUAUUCAUUUAUGUAACCAUGAAUUAUUUUGAUUUAUGA